ACUUGCCUAUUCUUUCUUCAUAAUCGGUAGUUCGGUACUUCCGAGAGUGAGACCUUAAAAAGAGCGUCAGUUUUCUUUUCAGAGGUAAAAGCUCUCGGAUUUGGAGUAAUUCUUCUUCCAUUUUCACAACUCUUCAGAUUCUUAAGAACGGGAGAACCGCGCAUGGAGGGCUCAAAAUGGGAAGAAUAUAUCUAUUGGGCCCAUUUUAAACACAUCCAUUUUUCUCAGUUUCUGCUCGAUGAUUUUCAUCAGCAGCUGGCCAUCCCUAAAAAGUUUUCUGAGAAAAAGAAAUUGCCUGAUUCUGUGACCCUUAAAGGUCCUGGUGGUGGUAUGUGGAAGGUAGGAUUGACGACCGUGGGCAAUUCCAUGUUCUUUAAACAUGGUUGGCAAGAGUUUGUGAAUGAUCAUUUUUUGGUGGAGAAUGAUUUAUUGGUCUUCAGAUACAAUGGGGAGUCACUUUUCGAGGUUUUGAUAUUUGAUGGGCACAGUUUGUGUGAGAAGGAGGUAACAUAUUUUGUGAAGAAGCAUGAGAAUAGUAAAACUGAUAAUGGUGGUAGACUGACGAAGAGGAAAUUGAGGGAAACGUCUUGCGAUGAAAUCAACAAUGCGUGUUCAGAGAAUGUUGUAUGCGCUUCACCUGAAAAGUCUAGGGAUGAUGACAUUAUCGUGUUACCGUCAGAAGAGCAAGUCAUCACCCUGAGUACAAACAAUAAAGGUCGCAAAAAGCUUACUGCUGUUCGCCCCCUUAGGAGCUGCCGCAGUGCAACAAUAAAUGAAUCUUCUCCUUGCGAUGUGCAAGUGCAAGUGCAAGUGCAACCGGUGACCAAAUCUGACGCUGAACAUACGCCGACCAGAAGAAGGGGAUAUAGCAUGCAGUAUGUCUCCAAUAGAAGGCCCAUAACUGAAGAUGAGAAAGACCGUGCCAUGAAGUUGGCUGAAGCAGAAAUCUCAGAAUCAAAUAAUGAGGGCUUACUUGUAGUCAUGAAACCUACAUAUGUGUACAAGAGAUUCUAUGUGUUCCUCCCUUCGGACUGGGUGGCAAAAUAUAUCUCUCUGGAAAAUCAAGACCUAUUUCUACGGUUUGGGGAGAGAGAGUGGCGUACCAGGUUUAACUACAACCAAGUACGCAGUUGCGCGGGACUUACUUCUGGUUGGAAGCACUUUGCCGUGGACAACAACUUGGAACACUUUGAUGUCUGUGUUUUCGAACCCGGUAGUCCUGUGAACAACUCCUUUUGCCUGGAUGUCAAAAUUUUCCGGGUUGUCCCAGAGGUUGCUCUUCUAACUCCAGUUGGUUCUCCAACAUCAGGCAAGCGUGGAAGAAAAUCAAGCAAGAUUGUCGAGAUUGAGAAUGAUGAAUUGCUCGAAGCAGAUUAAUCGGGAGUGUCAAGUGAGCAACCAGCUUUGUAAUGUUCUAGUGGACUGGUUUGCAGCUGUUGUAACUUUGCUUACUCGUGCUUGCUUGCUUGCGGUACUCAAGAUUAUUAACUAAUUAAGUACUGUUGUUCUUUUAAUCUUAACUAGUUAGUAUGUAGUAUGUAUUAUGGAAACAAGUUAUAGAAUCUGUUUCUGCAUUAAAAAUCUUGAGCAUCAUCUAAAUGGAACAGGUAAUCAGGUCUUUAUCUUACGCUAUGAAUUAGUAUAAUCUGGUAGGUUGAAA